ACGAAAAUAAAUUGUUUAAUCCAAUUAAACCAGGCAAUCUUUAAGUUUGCAGCUAGUCUGUCGUUGUUUUAACCCGUCUGUCAACACGCAAGUGCCUUUAUUUUUAGUUAGCCGCCGGUUUUCAGCGCAUUUACAAAGACGCCUACGCCUGAGUUCCGAAGUAAAAACUAUUUAUUAGGACACCACCAAGUAGGCAUUCCUCAAAAAACAAUAUUUCUUCCGCAAUAUUGAAUAUUUAACGUCAAGGCCAAGGCUACAAUAUCUGGACCCGAAACACAACUGCAACUGUGUGCGAGAUAAAAAAGGCAAACAUUCCAGAUUAGCGAAAUCCAAAGAUUAGUUACUGAACGAGUAGUAAACAUCGAGUGGUUUCAUUUAAAGACCCCAAGAAGCCCGCUAGCUGUCAGUUUCGCCCUGCACGGGGACGCCUGCGGUUGUGAUAAGUCCAACAGUGUCCCGUCUGGAGUGUUUUCGAUCCUUUUCAGUUGGGAAUUGAUGCAACGCAGUGCGUGAGUCCGUGAAUAAAGUCCGUGAAUCCUCCAAAUCCUAUAUACCACCAUGUGCUGCAAGUGCUGCGGGGAAACUCAACGAAAGGUCUGGGUAUUCGGUCUGGGAUCGCUUUUCCUGGUGCUGGGAAUACUUACCGUGGUCUUCUGGCCCGGUAUUGCAGAUAAUCUCGUGGAGGAUGGCCUUACCCUGAAGCCUGGCACCGAUGCCUACGACAGCUGGCUGGAGGCACCUAUCCCCAUUUACCUGAGCUUCUACAUGUUCAACUGGACAAAUCCCGAGGAGAUAAGGAACCCGAACGUAAAGCCAAACUUCGUGGAGAUGGGUCCGUACACCUUCUUGGAGAAGCACAAGAAGGAGAACUACACCUUCUACGACAAUGCGACAGUGGCUUAUUAUGAGCGCCGCACGUGGUUCUUCGACCCGGAGAGAUCUAAUGGCACCCUGGACGAUAUGGUGACGGCUGCCCAUGCCAUCACGGCCACGGUGGCGGAUGAGAUGCGAAACCAGCGCAAGAUCGUCAAGAAGAUCAUCAACUUUAUGCUGAACCACGAGGGCGGCGAGUUGUACGUGACCAAGCCGGUGGGCGAGUGGGUGUUCGACGGAUAUCAGGACAACAUUACCGAUUUCCUGAAUCUGUUCAACACCUCCAUGAUUGACAUUCCCUACAAGCGCUUCGGCUGGCUGGCUGAUCGAAAUGAAUCGCUGACCUACGAUGGUUUGUUCACCAUCCACACGGGCACGGAUGACAUAUCCAAUCUGGGCAGACUCACCCACUGGAAUGGCAAAAAUGAGACUGGUUUCUACGCGGAACCUUGCGGCGUGGUAAACGGAACCACCGGUGACUUGUUCCCGCCCAAGAUGAAUGUGAACGAUGAGAUAACGAUUUUUGCCACCGAUGCUUGCCGAUAUUUAAACCUCAGACCGCGGGGCAGCUAUGAGAACCAUGGCCUGACUGCCACCAAAUGGGUUGGCACUGAGGAGACCCUCGACUCCGGGGAGAACUACCCGAACCAGGCCUGUUUCUGUGACCCCGAGCGGUUCGACGAGUGCCCCAAAACGGGUGUGGUGGAGUGCAAGGCCUGCCGCGACAAGGCGCCCAUCUACUCCUCCUUCCCGCACUUCUACCUGGCCGAUCUGUCGUAUGUCGAUGCUGUCACCGGUAUGAAGCCGGAUAAGGACAAGCACGAGUUCUUCCUGGCCGUGGAGCCCAUCACUGGUGUGCCUGUACAGGUGCACGGCCGCAUCCAGAUAAACAUGAUGAUUGAGCCCGACGACGACUUUGACAUUUAUCGAGGUGUCCCAAAGGUGCUGAUGCCCAUGUUCUGGUUCGAUCAGUACGCGGAGCUCUCCUCCGAGCUGGCCUCCAAGGCCAAGUUGGCCAUCAAUCUGUCUAGCUAUGGGAUUAUAUUCGGAUAUUCUCUAAUAGCCGUUGCCAGCGUCUUCCUAGUCACCGGCAUUACUUUAACAGUAACGAAGAAGUGGGUGCGACGAACCCCUGAGGACGAGGAUAUGCUUACUAACUAGAGCAAAGAGAAAAGUUAACUUCUAGAUAAUUUUUAUAGUCGCGAAUUGCUUGUUGGUCGUUGCCAGUUACGCGUUAUGUAAUAUGUAAGUGGUACGGAUCGGCGUUCGUCUUGCAGAUUGUGAUAGCAAACCCUAAUCUUAACUUAACCAAACCCUACUCUACCUGCAAUAUUAUAUUGCCAUUCACAAAUCAUUUCCAAGCCGAUACUUUCCGUUUGAGAGAUUACUGAUUUUACUUGAUAAAACUUACUCAUACAAAGCUAAAA